CUGAUGGGGGAAAGCCAACAUCAAUCCUGCCGGCGAGCGGUUUUAGGGGUAGACUGCUUGUCGCUUAAUGGAAAAUCAAUAUUUUAUCACGUUUUGAACCCCCCAUGUGAUCGAGGGCAACAUUCGACCAUUUACCCAACCUUAGGGCACUGAAUUUCGCGUGUCACAUUGUGCGUGAACGUUAUUCAAACACGACUUCGUCCGAAAACCGCUCAACAGUGAUACUGUGCUAAGUGUAUAUCGAAACUCAUCAACAGGUAGAGCCCAGCAUGCCUUGUUCUCAACCAUUAUUUUUUUAUCGAGUCGUAGCUUUACUGUAGACUAAUUAACGUUGUUUAUAUGACAAAAAUCAAGGCGACAUAGUUUCGUAGAUCCUUCCUAGUUGCUAAAUGUAGUGAUGGUUCGUUGAGUUCAGUAUUUGUCAGUAAAAUGCAAUCAAAUUCUGGCCCUUCGAGCCGGGACAUCAUACGGCUCGAACCUUUAGGAAAAUUUAAACAAACUCAAAACGGCAAUGUCCUUAAGCAAGGUACAGGUACAAAUCAUGCUCAAAUCACCCACUCCAUCUGUCAAUCAUCACCCCUCAUUCAUAACCCCUGUGACACAGGCGGCGGUGUUGCAGGAACGGACAGCCCCACUGGUCAGCCCCAGAAGAAGAGCCUCUAUGAGAAUAACGGGGUGGCUGCAUGCAGCCACAACAGGGCGCUCUGCAUCGCCACCAUUGUCUUCGCUCUACUCUUUACCAUUGCCAUCAUCAUCGCUUUUACAGGUCCCCAGAGUGCUUUAUUUACAGACUGCACAUGUGCGGGUGAAAAACCUCCGAACUAUGUGGACGAAGGUACAAACAUGACACGAACUUUUAUUCCAAAGGCCACCAACGGCCAAAUAUUCCCGUGGAACAAUAUUCGUCUUCCUACCACCUUGAAGCCAUCUAGAUAUAAUUUAACCAUCCACCCUAAUCUGACCACUUUGGAAGUGAGAGGACAAGUAUACAUUGAGUUCCAUUGUGAGAAAGACACCCAUUUCAUUGUUCUUCACAGUCAGAACUUGACUAUCUUAGAUAAAUUAGUUCAGGAUAAGAGAGGUCAUAACUUGACCAUAGUUAAAAUACUUGAGUAUACCGGAGGGCAGCAGUUGUAUAUAGAGACUAGAGAGAAAUUCAAGAAGCGCCAUAAUUAUACGUUAACAAUUAGGUUUAAUACAAGACUAAGCAAAGAAUCGUAUGGAUUUUAUAUAUCAAGCUACGUUAGUAGUGACGGUGAUCGAAGGUAUCUGGCAACCACAAAUUUUGAACCAAAAUACGCUCGAACUGCUUUCCCAUGUUUCGACGAGCCACACUUCAAAGCAAAAUUCAAACUAACUAUUUUUAGAGACAGAUUUCAUAUUGCCCUUUUCAAUACGCCAGUGGUGAACACAGAUGACCUAGGAUUUUACAUGGGCACUGGCCUGUUACGCGAUGACUUCCAAGAAACCUUAGAGAUGAGCACUUAUCUUGUAGCCUUCAUCGUAUGUGAUUAUACAAAUUUAAGGAAAGAAACUGAAAGAGGGCUGUCUGUAUCAGUUUAUACACCCCCGCCGUCAAAAAAUCAAACGUAUAUAGCUUUGAACACGGCCACUCAUAUCCUGGACUUUUUCGAAGAGUUUUUUGGCAUACCAUAUCCUCUACCAAAAUUAGAUUUGGUGUCUAUUCCAAAUUUUAUUGAAGACGCAGCUGAAAACUGGGGUUUAAUAACAUUCAGAGAUAUUAUUUCUUAUGAUUCCAAACAAUCUUCCACGUCUGCAGAACAAUGGAUAGUUAAAACAAUAACCAGAGAAAUUGUUCAACAAUGGUUUGGUAACUUGGUGUCGAUGAAAUGGUGGGACAAUUUGUGGUUAUUCCAUGGCUUUGCAACGUAUCUAGAAUAUUUGGGAGUGGAUAGUUAUUAUCCCAACUGGAGAAUGAUGGAUCAAUUUAUAAUAGACAAGACUCAACCAGCGAUGGCUCUAGAUGCUCUAGUGAGCAGUCAUUCUAUAAAUAUUCUUGUACAAAAUCCUUCCGAUAUUGAUAAUAUUUUUGAUACUAUUUCUUACAGCAAGGGCGCUGCAAUUAUACACAUGCUAUGCAACUUUUUACAUGAAGAAGUUUUACAAAACGGCCUUAAUGAUUAUCUUACAACGUACAAGUAUUCAACCAGCGAUGCCAAAGAUAUUUGGAACAUUUUUACAAGAAACACUAACCAAUCUUUGGACGUCAAAACUGUCAUGGAAACGUGGACACAUCAGAUGGGUUUUCCAUUAAUAUCAAUAUCCAAAGAGGGUAACGAAAUUUUAGCCAGUCAAACUCGUUUUUUAUUAACAGCCGACAGUGGUAAUGCUACUCACUUGCAACCAAAAUCAAAAUACGACUAUAAAUGGUAUGUCCCCCUUACUUACAUUACCAGUAACGAUAGUGAGGUGGUCAACAGUGUUUGGCUGAAUAUGACCGAUGUGAGAUUUGAAGUUGAUCCAGAUAUUAAAUGGAUCAAAGCUAACGUUAAUCAAAGUGGUUUUUAUAGAGUGACCUAUGACGAAGACAUGUGGCAAUCUUUAAUACAAAUUUUAAAGAAAAAUCACACUAUCUUCAGCACAGCAGACCGGGCUAGUCUUAUUGAUGAUGCCUUUACAUUAUGCAGGGCUGGUUUACUAAAAGCAACAAUUCCUUUGGAACUCUCCUUGUACCUUGUUAAAGAAAGAGAUUACGUGCCGUGGGCCACUGCCAUUGAACACUUCCAAAAUUGGGCAAGGAGAAUGUCAGAAUCACUUCCAUAUAAACUCUUCCUUAAGUAUAUGAGAUAUCUGCUCAAGCCUAUUACACAAUACGUAGGAUGGAAAAGCUCGGGAUCUCAUAUAAAUCAGCUUAUUCGUUCCAAGGUUUUAUCUGCUGCUGUCCUAUGUGAACUAAACGAAACAGUAACUCAAGCGAAGGUGCUGUUCCAGAAAUGGAUGACCCAUAACGAAACGAUAGAUCCAAAUUUAAGAGAAGUAGUUUAUUCUUCGGGUAUAAAAUUCGGCGGUAUGGCGGAAUGGCAAUUUUGUUGGAAUACCUACAACAGCACAAAUAUCCCUAGCGAGAGAAGACUGCUUUUAAAAGCUCUGGGUCAGCCUAGAGGGGAUCCAUGGUUAUUGCAAAGAUACUUGAUUGAAACUCUAGACAGAAACACCAUACGUCCAGAAGAUGUUACUAUAGUGCUGGAAGUUGUGGCAGCAAAUCCAGAAGGAAAGCUCUUAGCCUGGAGGCAUUUGAAAGCCUAUUGGCCGACAAUGCACUCUUUAUUUGGUAACUCUACCUCCAUGAUGGGUAGUCUCAUAUCAGCUGUAACCGCACAUUUAUCUACUCCUUAUGAUUAUUACGAAGUUACCACUUAUUUUACUGGAAUGAACGUAGGAUCCGCGUCAAGAGCUCUACAGCAAAGCCUGGAAAUUAUCCAAUUGAACAUUAACUGGCUCAACAAAAACAAAGAAGAUAUUUAUACUUGGUUACGUAAAAACUUAAAUUAAAUCUGUUCAUUUUUGGACUAGUUUGACCCAUCGGGCUUCAAUUCUAACGCAAGAUUUCAAAAGAUGACCUGUAAAUCCUUGCAACUCUCCCUAAAAUAUCAAUUAAAGAAUGCCAGAUGUGUCAAACUAGUCCCUUUUCAUUGUGAUGUAUUUAUUUGAUUUUUUUUUUGUUUGUGAUCUUAUAUUAAUUGAUAUUUUUCUAUUUUUAUAAAUGUAUAUAAGGAACAAAAAUAUAGAUGUGCUAUUUAGUAUGAGAUGAGUUGUCAGUGUUAAUAUUAAAUGUGAAUUAAAUAUUAUUUUUAUACUAGAUAAAAAUUUUUCGAAAAUUUGCCUUCAGGUGACUGAUGUAUUAUAUUAUUUUUUUAUUAAUCUUAACUCAAAGCGCAUCAAAAGAACUACUGGACUAAAAUAGAUAAUAUGUUUUAUCUAUAUUUUACCAUAUACUAUACGUAAAAUAAUCAUUAUUUACCGUUCUUAUACAUUACUGCAUAUUUUAUGAAACUAAAUAUAUUUUCCAGUUCCUACAAAAAA